AUGGAAGUGACGGUGAAAACUCUCGAUUCGCAGACGAAAACGUUCAACGUCUCGCUUGAGGUAAAGUGUACUCAAAUCUCAAUGUGUUUUAAUUUAUAUGGCGUUGUUUAGGCGUCGACAUUGUUUCUUUUCAGUGUUAUUUCCUUGGCUUUUUGUCCAUGUGUUUGUAGAAGGAACCUAAAGCGAACUUCUGAUGCGUUUCUUUUAGACUACUGUUAAAGAAUUCAAAUCGAAAAUUGCAGAAGAGAUGGUAAUAUAUCUCAGUUUAUAUUGUUUGGUAAUAGUUAAAUAGCCUACUGUGACCGUCGUGGCUAUCUCGCCAUAUUUCAGUGUUGGCAUUGUUGGCCACCAGUUUGAUUGAAAGAAGCAAAUACCAGGAGAAUGCAGAAAGUACUGUGUUGUUUCAAAUAGUUUAAAUUACUUUCCACAUGUUUCUGAUAGUUACAUUGUUCAAACCGACAUCUCUUCAUAUACAUUGCCAUAUGCCAGCUAUUUUGUUGCUAUGUCUGUUCUAAAUUUCCAAGAUAUUCAGUACAGGGUUAGGAUAACAACGCUCAAAAUAAUGGCUAAUAAAAAAAAUUCCAUUCCCUGUCUGGUCCGGCAAACCGCCAUGCUUGCUUUGGGCGCAUUCUUAAGUGAUAUCUUCAACUAUCGUACAUUCAUUUGGGCAGAUAUAUUAAAAGUGUCAUGAACGUUAAAAUGUUAUGAGCAUUAACAUUAUUGCUGAUAUCGGCACUAUUUUCAGAUGCUGUUAAAACCAUGCUUUUCACAUGAAAAGGCUUUUGAGGUUGACAUUUUAUUCAAACAUAAAACAGAAUAAAAAUUUUUGCUUCAUUUGAGCAGUAUCGACGUACUGGCCGCCACGCUGAUGUAAAGAAUCAAAUACUAAAAUUAAAUAGAAUUUUAACCCAAAUGUAUAAUUUUUUUCAAAGUAAAACUUUGACAUUUUAAGUGAAGGCCCCUAUGUCAGGAAGUUAAUUAGAUGGAUCAGGAAAAUAAAUUUGCUUUCUGGAUUUAUGCUACUAACUUCACAAUGAAGGGCCUUUGCUCAAAACGUUGACACUUUAUGGGUAGUCGAAUCCCUUUUAAUUUGUAGCUUUUUGGUACUAUUGUCAACAAAAGCAUCUAUGCUGGAACACAUCAUUUGAGUUGGUAUAAUUUAGUUUUCAGCCUUUGGAAGUAAUGCUGACAUGAGCAAUAAUAUUUUUGAAAACUCUUUGAUUUGAGUAUGAUUCAUUGCAUUGACUUGAUACUCUUGGUAAUGAUGUGUUGAACUUAUAAAAUUCCCAUUUUUGUGGGUUCAAUAUUAAAAAUUUUGUGACAUAUAUUGAAGAAGGUCUAUACUGCAUCCAAGGGCAGUCUUGUUAGCCCAACAUAUUCUACAUUCUACGGUAUAUUCCCUUAUUCCACCCUAACACAGACUAAUAUGUUUCUUGCAGAAUAUUCCAUUUGAGAAACAAAGACUUAUAUUUCAAGGAAAAGUUUUACAAGAUGAUAAACCUCUACAGGAGUACAGUAAGUCACUUAUUGUAACUCUUUUUUACCACAUACACAAAAAUAGCUUGCCACAGUAUACAAUAAGGUACAUGGUGCGAUAGUCACAAAUCUGCCCAUGUGUCUAACAGCCAACAGUUAAUUUGUAAACUAUUUACAGGUAAGCUAUGUAAAGCAUAUCUCUUUUGAAUUCCUGACUCAUUUGAAAUUUUCCUCAUCAGCUUUGCAAAUUUCAUUUUAAAUUUUCCUAAUUAGCCAAUUACAACUCAUAGAACAGAACAGGAAGUUAGGAACUUGUGACAGGAAGUUAAUAACUUCUAACAGGAACUUAGGAAAUUUAAUUGGCUUUUAGUAACAAUGCAAAUUCCCUCAAGGGAUUUGUAAGGGAGGUUAAAUUGCAAAAGUAAUUAGAAAAAUUGCAAUCAAUUUAGAAACUCAAAAGAAGAACACUUCACGUAGUUUACCUGUAAGUAAUCAUUGUUGUAUUUAUUAUUUUCAGAGGUUGAUGGCUGUGUGGUACAUUUGGUUGAGAGACAGCCUCCUAGAGCAACCAGAUCAAAUGGACAAAGUAAGUCUGACAAAGAUGAGUGUAUCACUCCAAAAAAAUUCAGACACCUCCAAAAAUCACCGAAAAUUUCUAUGAAAUCUCUAAAAAAUCCGUAUGAAAUCUCUAAAAAAUUUCAUAAAGUUUUUGAAUGAUUGUAUAACAAAGCUGCAACAAUCAUUUUGACAGUAAAAGCAUUGGGCGUAAAAAAACCCCCUAUUUUUUCUGCCGACCCUAUUAUUUUUUCAACGCGAUUGACUGUAUGACCCUAUUUUCUCCGGGUGGUUGCGGGCUGCUGCCAAAAUGGCGUCUGUUGUCGCACAAAUUAUUGAAAAAACCAUAAAAAAAAAUUUAAAAAAAAAAUUAUUUCCGACCUACCGACCCUAAUUUUUUCGCCAUAUGAAACCGGAACCACAUGUAUUUUUUUACGCCUUGGUAUGCUAGAAAUUUCAGACAAAAAUAUUUGUGAAAUUUCAGGCAAACAUUUCUGUGAAAUAUUUUCAGGCAAAAUUUCAAAAAAAUUAUAAUUUGUAGCAACAACAGGGUGUUAAUAUGGUGCCAUCUAACUCUCUGAAAAUAUUGGACAGCAACUUCUAUUUACAAUAUUAUAAGAAAUGCAAGGGUUAUGCAUGAGUCAAUUCCUGGAGUAACCAUCCCCCAUUGCCCGAUAGACAGUUCACGGGGGUCGGGAAUUUGCCUUCGACUGUAAAAAUCGUCUUGUAAAAUCGACUGAAAAAUCAUCCCCGGGGUGGGGCAUUUUCCACUCUCAGCUUGCCCAGGGGCUGUGCAUUAGUCUUCAAGUUGUGUCCCGGCACCCGGGCAUUUACACUAUCAUAACCAAUCAAAUCAAAUGCCCGGGUGUGUUCCCAGGGUGGGGGGGAUGAUUACUCCUGGAAUUGACUCAUGUAUUACUGUAGGCAAAGAGAAAUUAACAAAUUUUGGUGAUUUUGCCUCUUUCUAGGUACAGAGACAACUACAAGUUCAACAGCAACCACAACCAGCCCUGCAAACAUGUUCAUGGGAGCUUUUCCAUUGCCUGUUGAUGUCAUGGGUGUAACACAGGUAUAUGCCUUUGUGUUACAAACAUUUGUUUUAUUUAUACUGUUUCAGUCCUGGCAAUUUUCAAUGGCAAACCACAUGCAAAUGCUGCCGGAAAUUGAAUUAUUAACCGAACGUUUUUGCCAAUGGUUAUCAUGUACUAUAAAGGAAUCUAAUACAUGGACAACAAGUGAAUUCUCUUUCAUUUCAAUAAAUCAACAUUUCAGUUUUUAAAUUAUCUGUUAGCUACUCAUGUGAAUCUUCAAAUUGUCAUUUUGGGGGAAAAUUCUGCUGAAUUGUAAAACAUCGAUGGCAUAUUUUUUUCUGUGAUGAUAAAAAUAUUUUUGUUUUCAGCAAAUCGUGCAAGGAAUUAUUCAGCAGAUCGGAGCAGAAAGUGCUCAGGCGAACAUCAGUACUUCAUCAUCGGUAAUUACUGCACAAAGUGUUUGUGUUUUAGCAACGUCUUACAGUCAAAUAUUGCCUUUUCACAAGAUCAUCCAGUCUCCAAGAUUGCAGCUCAAAAGGCUGCCUAUAAUUUAUAUAGUAAUUGUAUUUAAGUAUAUUUGUAACAGGGUUUGUAGCAGUCUUUGAAAUCCUUGAAAGUCUUUAAAUUGGAAUGCAGGUCUUUUGAGGUCUUCGAAAAGUCUUUAAAUUGUGUGAAAAAGCGAAGAAAGUCUUUAAAUUCUUUAGUGAGGAAUUGAUUACACGAUUUCCUAGCUAAUAAAAUAGCUUGAUUGAAUCGGGAUUUUCGCAAAUAUCGACGAAAAUGCGCAUUUUAGGAUGUGAUUUGACGGGACUAAUUACCGGGUAAAAAUGGUGCUUACACUCGCAAUUUUUCGACUGCUGAUUGCUCUCAAAGGUCUUUGAAAAGUCUUUGAAAAUAGGCAGAAAAAAUCUUUGAAAGUCUUUGAAUUUUUUUGGCCUUGGAGACUACGAACCCUGUUGUAAGUUACAGUUAAAAGGCUUUGGUUUUAAACUAACAUAAAUAAAAAUGUUAUUCUAAUGCCUGUAAUGGGUAAUUCCAGCUAUGGACUAAAUUUUGAUCAAGGCAAGAAGAACAAAAUCCAACACCACAGCUAGAAAGAGCGUCUUAGAAUGAGUAAAACUGCAAAGAUUAGUUGCCAAAUGUUGUAUAUAUUUGUAUUACGCGUGGUAAAAAUAACCACUUUCGGCUCAAAAAUGGUUCUUUCCCCGCGCGUAAUGCAAAUAUAUACAAAAUUUGCGAACUUCACAUGUGCUAUAUUUUCCUCAUUUUACAACAAUUUGCAACCAAACUUUACUCAUUUUAAGAUGCUCUUUCCAGCUAUGGUAAUGGUUUCGCUCUUCUUGUCUAGAUCAAAAUUUUAUCAGACUCUUUAGCUCGAAUCUCAUCUAUUCGAAUGUUGAUUUUCUUAAAACAAGUGAUUUGCUACAUGAAAAAUUCCAGACUGUUUCAGUUCAACAUAUCGUACAUAAAUGUAGUACAAUUUGCUAUUAAAAUGCCUUCGCAUUAUUGAUAUUGUGAAAGAUGUGUACAUUUUACAUACACUUUCCUUAAAGUUUGAAUAUAUAUUAUGAAAGAAUACAUGAUUUUUUAACUUUAAAUUUGCAUCGGAAAGUAUAAUCGCAGAUCAGCAUUUUCUGACCUGAAUUCAGAGGCCUGAUCAUAUAAAUUGUUGUUAUUUUCAACAGGAUGAUGGGUCGUCUGUGAAUGUUCAUAUCAACUUAUCAACUGUUAUGGUGAGAUUUAAAAUCCACAAUUCUAAUAGACUGUUCAAUGCGCUCUUGCUUAAUAGGGUUAAAGAUACGUAAUCUUUUUGGCAUUCGUCUCAAAAUUUCCUUUAGCUUUAUUUUCUAGUUUACACAGUUAGCAAGCUUUUUAAAUGUAUCUGGCUGUUGAGAAACACAAAAUAAUAGUUAAAUAUUGUCAAUUUAAAUAUACAAUUAUCAUUGAUGCUGUAAAAUUGACGCCAUAUUUAUACAGCAAUAUAAGCAAAACUUACUGAACUUCAGACAUAAUUUUCUCUUUGGCUUAUCAUCUAAAAUCUCUUCACUUUAAGAUAAUUUUACAGAUAAAGCACUAAACAUACUUUUUAAGUUCGUUUGCCGCUUGAAAAACGUACAAGAAAUUGUAAAAGUUGAAUAUACAGUAGUCAUAACCAAAUGGAAAAAUAUAUUCAUUACUCAUUAGUUUUGAGCGCGUGUUACGUAGCAUACAAAACUAACAAAAGAUUCACGACUUACUGUAAUAUUGUACACAGAUAGACUCUUGUUUGACUUGAGAAUGACAUUGUGACAUUUUAUACAUUAGGCAAGAAAUGAUGCAAGAUCAAGAUUAGCACCUGCGAGGGCUCACUUGAACAAUGUUUCCAGAAUCAUCAAUCGUCUUCAGGUUAGUAAUCCACCGAUUAAUAAUCAUUCCUGACUUCUGACCGGAGAAUACCCAUUGACCAGUCGUUAUUUCAGACCCUGUGACCUUUCCGUAAUUAUAAGUAUUACCAUACAACGUGUAUGUAGGCUAAGACAGAUGGAACGAAUGGAUGUUGGAGUCGAUUGUUGUGUUUGUAAAUGGACGUCUUGUUUUAUUUAGUUUAUCUUGCCAAAUUUAGUCGGACAUUGUCCGAUGUCCGACAGUAAUUUGCGGCCCUGUUUUAUGUACUUUUCUUCAAUAGUAUUAGUAACACUAGAGCAAUAUAGAAUGAUCGUUACUAGACCUCUAGGUAAAACUGAUUUCGCAGAGCUGACCAGCUCAAGCAAAGGCUUUGAUACAAUGUGCUAAAACAGCAGUAUUGUUUUGUAGAAUGAUGGUCUGCCUUCCGGUAGAGAUUUAAAUGGCGACAGUUCAAACAGUGAAACACCGUCAGGGAAUGAGGGAACUGAGAACAAUAACAAUGGGAAGUAAGUAGUAGAGGAAUAAGUUAUUUCAUUUAUAAAAAAAAUCGAUGACUCACUCGUGCGUGUUUAAUCCAAAUUGCACUCGAAACCAUCCUAAAACAUAUUCCCUAUCAAUCCGAAACUUUCUCAAAAUUGGAGGAAUCGUACUGUACAUGCAGUCAUAGUUCAUAAAUACACUGAUACAUAUUUUGUACAGUACAUGGAUGUACGCUAUUCCAUCAGAGCCGCAAUAAAAUUCCAGCCCUGCUUUAUCUUGGUUUCUGUAGAACAAACUUAUAUCUUUUCUUGUUUUUAUUCCUUUUAAGUGCUCUUGGAGAUCUGGCUGAUGUGCUUCAACAAGUCGUUCGUCUCAAUGAUGAAAUACGGCCACACUUAGAACGCUAUCAAGAACUUCUGCGUUCGGGAACAGACAGAGAGGUAAAUAGUUUAAAUUGAGUGUCCGCUAAUUUCCUCAAACCCAAUUGCUCGGAAAUUUUCACAUAUCAAGCCACGGGCUUUAGGACAAAUUCAACUCGACAACAAUAGUAUUCUAUCUAAAUAGCAGUUAAAAUAAAGUGUACGGCACCUGAACUGUUCAAUAUCUUGCUUCUGUAUCCAUAAAACAUUUACAUAUAUGCAAAACUGUAUAUUUUCAAAAUCCGCCAUAUUUAUUUACUUUAGAACCCAAGCUUUCGCGGUUCACACGAAAUAUUAACGUCGGUGAUUUUCACUAAUAAUCAGAGGGUAGGGUUAAAGUGGGCGUUGUCACUCGCUAACCCAAUCAGCUGUCUGGGUUCUGUACCACGUGACCUGUUCAAAUCGUUCCGAGCGGGAGGAAUCUUAUGACAUCAUAACGACUUCGAUAAAAGAUUUUGAGGACACGUUUGUGCCAUAUAAGGAAGUUGGGGACACGUUUGUGCCAUAUAUGGAAGCAUGGUUUCCUCGCGCUUCGAACGAUUAAAUAAUUGGAUGAUCCUACGCUCUUAUUAUUAGUGAAAAUCACCGACGUUAAUAUUUCGUGUGAACCGCGAAAGCUUGGUUUCUCAUGUAAAUAAAUAUGGCGGAUUUUGAAAAUAUACAGUAUUUGCAUAUAUGUAAAUGUUUUAUGGAUACAGAAGCAAGAUAUGGAACAGUUCAGGUGCGGUACACUUUAUUUUAACUGCUAUGUAGAUAGAAUACUAUUGUUGUCGAAUUGAAUUUGUCCUAAAGCCCGUGACAAGCCGCUGAUGAAUAAAAUUCGGUCACAGAACAGGAAAUUUUAUAUUUUUGAUGACAUCAUUUGACGAAUUUGCGUCUUGAGUAUGACUGUAUUAUAAAUUAAAUCUGGCGGUAAAUAUUGCAAAAUCUAUUCGGAAAUUUUCUACUUUACUUAAGCAUGCAUAAGACCUUCUGACCAAGGAUUGCUGUUAGCUUCAGGCACUUGCAGGUAGCGCCGCUACCUAGCUAGGAUCCCAACAUCUCUCAGGCAUGACAAACAAAAAUUUGUCUUGUUUUGCAGGGCAGAGUAUACUGAAUGUAAUAAUAGUCCGAGUGCCCCUUUUACAAUUUGAUCUUUUUCACAUCAAGCUCCGGCCCGUCGAUGACCUGUUACCAGACCUGGCGGCCGAGGCUCUCCACAGCCUCAGCCAUGCGUACCACGCUCUGUCUGACAUCACAACCAACUUCCGGAUCCCCGAGCCUCGACUCAACGUCUUACCAUCCAUGUCCCCUGUCCCAAUUGCUCCCGUGAGGAAUACUAACGCGUCAUCACCCAACAGCCAAUCACAGCCGUCCUCAACCUCGCAGACAACCACAGGUGCACCAAGCGGAAUUCCCAUUGGAAUUGGCCUGAGACCCGGGGGUGGACUGGGUACGGGUAUAGGUCUGAGGACCGGGAGAGGUCUGGGGCUUAGCUUUACCCCCAGACCCGGAGUUACACUAAGACCGGGAAAUGGUAUUCCUUUUGGAAGUCGGAAUGGUAUUCCAGCCGGGAUUGGUUUAUUUCCUGCCGGCGCUGGUCUUGGAGCGAGUUUUCCCGGAAAUCCAGUGACGUCAGUUCCGACCACGGGUGCAGCGGUUACGUCAACAGCGGCUGGUAAUGUCCCUAGACCACAAAAUCCUCAG